CGGUGCGCGUCCCACGAGUCCGUCAGAAGGUUGAUACUACAGAAGAUAGCGGACCGACCGGAGCGGUCCGUCAGACACCAGGAGGGUUCCCUUCACUCUUAAAGUAGAUAUCUAUACUCAUUAACGCGCAACGUUACGGUGGUGGUUGAUAUUAAGAGCGUCUUUAUCGUUUAAUUCCGCUGGGAAGCGGAACGGAGAGCCGCUUUCAGCCAUGAUGCUCGGUUUAGCGGGCUAGAGCUAGCGCUACCGUUCACUGUUCCGGGGAUCAGGACCGCGGGUCCGGGUCCUCUCGACUCGAGAAGUGGUUAAAGAUGACUAAAAGAAGCUGGAUCAGAGAGCUGUGGCUCGACCUCCAGGACCCGCACCACGUCGCACACUUCCAGGAGAUGUGCGGGGUGCACGGCUCGUUCUCCCGGAGCCCCGGGGCGGGAGGCGGCGGGGAGCUGGACCAGACUCGCACCCACAACAACGGCUCCAUCUCCGGGGGAAGCGAGACGAAGGGUUCGGUCGUAAGUGAAGGCGGGGAGGGGCAGAAGCUGACAUCACAGACUCGACGGAGGAUUGGUGCCUCGACAACAACAUCAACAACAACAACAACAACAACAACAGAAGGCGAGACUGAAAAUCCCUCCACCAACGGGACGGUCCUCACCAACGCCACGGGCGAGGGGGUCGCUACAGGCGGCGUGAAGCCCCACAGCCUCGCCGGGAACAGUCCCGGCAGCACCGUGAAGCCGCUCCGCAAGAACUCCCUGACCGGCGACGCGGGCCACGAGUUCCGGAUCGAGAACCGACUCCUGUACUACCUGUUCACGCUGGGAACCGAGCUGGGCAACGAGUCCUUCUACAUCACCUUCUACCCCUUCCUCAUGUGGAACUUGGACGCGUUCGUUGGCCGGCGGGUGGUGAUGGUGUGGGUGUGGGUCAUGUUCCUGGGCCAGUGCACCAAGGACCUGGUCGGGUGGCAGCGACCCGCAUCCCCGCCCGUGGUGAAGGUGGAGAUGUUCUACAACUCCGAGUACAGCAUGCCCUCCACCCACGCCAUGUCGGGCACGGCCCUGCCCUUCUCCCUGUUCUUCCUGACCUACGGCCGUUGGGAGUACCCGUUCCCGAUCGGUCUGGGCCUGGCCCUGAUGUGGACUGUACUGGUCUGUGUCAGCAGAAUCUACAUGGGAAUGCACUCCAUCCUGGACGUGGUGGUGGGCUUCCUGUACACCGUGCUCAUCCUGCUGGUCUUCCUGCCCGCACUGGACGCCGUGGACGGCUUCUACCUGACGUACCGCUACGCGCCGCUCGUCAUCGUCUUAGUGCACCUGGGCGCGGGCCUCUUCUCCUUCACCCUGGACACCUGGAGCACCUCGCGGGGCGACACGGCCCAGAUCCUGGGCACCGGCGCCGGCAUGGCCCUGGCCUCCCACGUCAACCACCUGCUGGGCCUGCUCCCGGACCCCGGGCCCGAGCAGCUGCCGCUGCCCGUGACGCCGCUCAGCGCGGGCCUGCUGGCCCUCAUGGGGGUCCGCCUGGCGCUGGGGGUCCUGGUGCUGCUGGCCACGCGGGCCGUGAUGAAGAAGGUCACCAUCACGCUGGUGUGCCGCCUGAUGGGGGUCUCGUCGGAGGACGUGCGGGCGGCCCGGCAGAACAUGGGGGUGGAGCUGCCCUACCGCUACAUCGUGUACGGCGCGGUGGGCUUCAACGUCGUCUUCCUGGUGCCGCUGCUCUUCAGCUACACGCGGCUCUCUUGAUUGGCUCGGCCGGCCUAGUGUUGCUUCCUGGUUGGCCACCGGGGGGGGGGCGUGGCUAGCCGCGAUUACUGCUUACAGUUCAGUUAACAUUUG